GCUUACCUGGCGAAGGUGGCAGAAAAGCUCACGACACAUCAGGAUACAUUUAGUAAAAUUACCAUUGAUCCUAGUGGCGGUUCUCCCUGAUCCACCCGGCACCUGUCGUGUCACCUGACCUGGUUAUUUGUUAUGCGUGGCCUAUGAAACACAUAGAAAGCAAAUAUUUGUCUGUUCUCCAAUCCCAUUAUCAAGGACUCGGACCUGUCAUAGCCUGGGCUUUCAAUAGAAGAGAGGAGGGUGGACAGCCUGAUCUCGUUAUAGAACUUGUCUCAUUGCUUCAGGGGGGACAGCAAUUACUGGAACAGCACGCGGGAGGGAUAUUGUUUGUGAAAAAAGCGUGAAGCGGGAGAGCGUGGCCGUGUUGACAUUCAGGAUACAGGGAGAGUUGAAAGCGUGGGGCUCAGCAGUGACUGACCUUUCUAUGAGCAGUUUGAUCACUGCACGACUAGCAGUAAUAGCAGUAGGCUGGAGUGAUUGCCGGAACAGCCAACAAGCCAGCUGUCUAUAGGUCUCCCGUCACAGUGAUAGGUCAAGUCCGGGUGUGCUACUUCAUUGUGUACAGUCCUCACUCACACAACUCUUUCUUCUCUCACAGGCCAGGGAUAAGUGACUGGCCACAUGCAUGUAGUUUAGGUGACCCACUAUGUAUGUAUGCUGGUACAACUACGGAUUGCCCCACCCAUCAGCAGGACCCACUGCUCUCCAAACCACCCCAACAGUCAGUGCCAUCCCUCAAGCCACACCCGCCCCCUCCCCAGCGGAUCUUCUCCUGCCGGUGCCCACCUCUGCCUCUGCCGCUGCUGUUGCUGCCGCUGCUCAGCAAUCCAUCAUCACCCCGUUAGCUGUGUCCAGAAAGAGAGGAUCAGAAGAACUGAUGUCGCACAGCCCGAUGGUGACGAACGGCACAGGGAUGAGCCCUCAGCAUGCUCACAAUUCUGACAUCAGUAAUGAUGCCAAGAAGGUGAAGCUAGACCAGACAAACAACACAAAUGCCCCUUCCAGGGUCAUUCACAUCCGCAGUCUGCCCAACGAUGUUGCGGAAACCGACAUUGUUCAGCUCGGAUUACCAUUUGGAGAGAUGAGCAAAGUCCUACUGCUCAAACAGAAAAAUCAGGCUUUCCUGGAAUUCAAUGACGAGGGGUCUGCAGCCAACAUGGUGUCCUACUACCAGACCACGCCUUCCCAAGUCCGCUUGAAACCAUGCUAUGUCCAGUUCUCCAACCACAAGGAACUCAGUAUCAAGACCGAUGCUUCACAUGCAUACCAGAACGCUACAGCUCAGGCUGCUUUGCAGGCAGCUCAAGCUGUGAUUCACGCCCGCGGCGGCAACAGUGGUGCCUUCCUCGAAACAAAUGAGUGUAAUCAGACGGUGCUCCGCGUGAUCGUUGACAACAUCCUGUACCCCAUCACUCUCGAUGUGCUCCACUCUUUAUUCUCUCGAUUUGGAAAAGUUCUCAAGAUCAUCACUUUCACCAAGAACAACACCUACCAGGCCUUAAUUCAGUUUUCAGACCCCAUUUCGGCUAAAGCAGCUAAAGAUUCACUGGAUGGUCAGAAUGUCUACAAUGGCUGUGACACACUGAAGAUCGACUACUCUCGAUUGAUGAAUCUCAAUGUGAAGUACAACAAUGACAAGAGCCGAGACUACACACGACCGGAGUUGCCCACGGGAGAAGUGACGUUAGAAUCCACCAUGCAGCAAAGCAUGCUGGAUUACUUUGCUCCCGCCUGUGCUCCGGGGGUGAUGGCCUCUCCGUUCGCUGCUGCCAUGCCGGGCUUGGGAGGUGCCCCCCUAACUGCCUAUGGUGCCCCUUCGGCAGCCGCAGCCGCUGCAGCACAUGGGUUUGGUGGUCUGCAAGGUGUAAACCCGUUCUCCACUGGGAUGCCAGCAAUGACUGGAUUUGGUCCAAUUCCAGGAGCGUACGGCGCUGCCCGUUUAGGUAUCCCCAUCCAAGCUCAAGUCGGCAGUCCCGUACUCCUUGUCUCCAACCUAGAUGAGCAGACGGUCACGCCCGAUGCUCUCUUUACCCUUUUUGGAGUGUAUGGGGACGUACAUCGGGUGAAGAUCCUCUUUAAUAAGAAGGAUAACGCACUCAUUCAGAUGGCAGAACCAAGCCAAGCGCAGUUAGCGAUCACGUUCCUGGACAAGGUGAAGGUGUGGGGGAAGACAAUCCGGGUGGCUCAAUCCAAGCACUCCGUCGUACAGAUGCCCAAGGAGGGACAGCCUGAUGCUGGUCUGACGAAGGAUUACGUCAACUCCCCUCUCCACAGGUUCAAGAGACCAGGAUCCAAGAACUGUCAGAACAUAUUCCCGCCAUCUGCAGUGCUACAUUUAUCCAACAUUCCAAAAGACACAGAGGAAGGGGAAAUCACUACAAAGUUCGCCGAGCACGGAGCUGUUAAAGCAUUCAAGUUUUUCCCGAAAGACAGAAAGAUGGCCUUAAUCCAGAUGGGCUCUGUGGAUGAGGCAGUCAUGGCUUUAAUAGCUAUGCACAACUUCCAGAUGGGAGAAAACAGCCACCUGAGAGUGUCCUUCUCAAAAUCCACAAUUUAGAAUUCAGUCUGCGCCAUGAUACAAAUGUGACUUUGACCAUGUGAUCACUGGAUCAGCUGCAGAGACUAAGAUAAAUUUUUAAAUGUACAAACUAUGGAAGUAGCAGACGCACGCCUGCCUGUUGCGUGGAGCUAGCUCCCAUUGUGAGAGGAGUUUCUGCCCUGUUGACUCCGGGGGUCAAGUGCCUUCGACAUGAUUAACAAACGCUGCAGCUUGGUGAUCAACUGGUCCACCUUUGCCUGCUGCGUGGUUGUCGGACAGACAGAAUGAUGGACAGAUGAACCAAAGCAGCGUCUGCUCUACGGGUUUGAACAGUUGGAUCUCUGCCUCCAUUAGUAGUGUCGUCUGUCACACCACGAUCACCAACACAACACUGGUUGUCAUGGUGACGAGCAGGCGACAGGGAAUGUGCAUUAUGUUCAGUCAUUGGCUGUCCUUGUGUUCCCACACUACCUAGCGUUAAAACAGCCGCGACCGGCCAGAGUGAAUUUGGCUUUUCUCGAGACAAGAUUGAAGCUAUGUUGUUUGCAGUGCAUAAGAAAAGGCAGCAAAUUCAUUGUACUGUUUUGCAUUGUUUUGUCAAUUUGAGAGAGAAUUAUAUUUUAAAGAGCUCAUAAUAUAGUAGCGUUUAUAUCCAACCAUUAGCGUACAAAACAGUGUGGUCACGGUUUUUGGUGCACACUUGUAGAACUUAGGCUAAAAGUCUGCUUACGGAACUCUUCAACACUAGGGGUCACUCAGAUCUUCUUGUGUUGCCAUAGCAACAGAGUCUGAAGACAUGUCCUGCAACAUACAACUAGAGAAUGUUGGGUAUUGCUUGCCCACGACCCUUGUACGGAGAUGUGAAACACAGGUUAUGUUGUCGUUAGUUACUGUUUCAUCCUGAAGUCUAGUCGCCUAGUUGAGACCAGGACCUGUCGUCGGAAACUACCUCACGAGAUGGCCUCUGUGACGCUGCUGUUGAAUUGUUCCUCAAUCAGUUGUUAUUAUUAUUUCCUACUUGCAUAAUCAAUGUUCUCGUGUUCGAAUGUUUUACAAAUAAAGUAUUUGGUGGGGGGGUUACGCUUAAGCAGGCUUUUAGCCAGGUUUUAUUCUCAGAAAUCCAUUUGUUUGUGAUAGACGAAACCAGGGCUGCACUGUGCGAUACGCUGCCGGUAGUUUAUACCCCUCAGAGCUUCAGCAGGUGUCAGAAACUCUGGGCUAUCAGCCCUUGUUUCAUGGCAAUCAAGAUAACCUCCCUUGUUCCCACGUUCCUGGUUUGGGGCGGCCAUCUUGUUUGUGUGUGAAGCAGACGACAGGGCGAGAUGUUGAUAUACAUGUUUCUUUUUUAUCCCAUGGGUCAGCUGUUUGGUAGUGUACUGAUGAUCACUGUCGUUUUGCCGGUAGAUUAGGCCAUGAUUUUGUAAGUUCUAUUUUUGCAUUUCUGGUGUUAUGAUCAAGUAUACUGAGGUUUCGAUAUAUAUUUUUGCAUUUUGAGAGUUACUAUUGUAUGGGGAAUUUAUUUUACAUGUGACUACCAGGGUGAUGAUUGUUGGUGUCUCGUUGUCGUCUUGUCCAAGUCAAGAAAGUAAUCAUUAAAAAUUAUGUGACUAUGUGAUGAAUGUUGCCAUGGCAACUGCCUUGUCAUGGCGGGAUGGCCCAGUUCGUGUUACGUUCGCUACCCAGCAUUCCACAAGACAUGUGGCCGCGAGACUUGCUAAGUUGCCAUUGUUAUUAUAGCAUGCGCACUCCGUCACGGGAUGUGUGCGUUGGUGCCCCACGACAAAGUGCUGUAGAUACGCCCUUAGCCUCUCCUUGCUGCUAGCGAUAACAACUUUGUAAUUUCCUGAUUGAUUGUAUCUCCUUGUUUCUCUGUAUCUGUAGUGAGUGUUUUAUCUGUGUAUUUCUCAGUUGAUCUAUCCAUAAGUGUAAAUCCUUAAUGAAUCAAUUUUCCAUAUCUUCUGACCAUCUAUUGUAGUAUUCUUAUAUUGCCUUGUAGUCCCUUCUGAUGAAAGUAUCUGGGAAUAUUGUCAACUCCGAUGUUGUACAGCGAGGUCUCUGCCCAAGUGGAAUUAGAAUUGGUUUCUAUUGUAUCAUUUGACCUUUCUGCAAGUAGUAUUUUCAAAUUGGACACUGAUCUUGGGCAUUGAUUUUGAGAUUAUUUUGAUUUGAGUCCCAAUUAGUUUUAGCAUUUGGCUUUGAAUUUGAACAUGUAUGAACUCGCUGUUUGAAGAACAUGUGGCUUACAUCCUCUGGGAAGAGAAGAGAGGUUGACCGGCAGAGCUAGGUUCAGGUUGGGAUAAAUUCAAGGAACAUCCUUGUUUAGUUGAUGCACAUGUCCUGAUCUGAAAUCCACCUACGCGGCCAUUGUUUGACAUAUUUCCAUAUUCUUGGUGGCGGUUUUCACUUAAUGUUGGCUCGGGCCUGGAGCAGACGACAGUUUUAAUGAUCAACAGCUUUUGUACAUACUGAGUCUCCAGAACGGAACUGUUCAGCCUCCGCCUCCUCCUCCAUUUGUAGUUGCUACUUUUCUAAGAAUGGUCAAUGGCAGGACAGGGUGUGUUUGUUUCAGAACGGAGAUUUUAUAUUUGUACUUUUAUACAAACUAACUCUUUUGGUAGGUGAAGAUGAGAAGAUGUAACCAUGACAACCAUUGAUUCAUUCAUGACAUCAGUCUGUGUUUGGAACCAAUUCUGUCUGUAGAAAUUAUUGAGGUGAUCUGUCCAAAUUAGAAAAAAAAAUUAGUCCCCUCUCUGAGAUCUGAGCCAGGCCCAUGUCGACCUAUCAACUUGUUAUUAGGGAAAUCUAUUGACAAUGUCGUGAUUCAUACAGUCAUUUGCAUAUAUAUAUUUACAAAUUCUAUAUAUUAUGUACGUCGUAUUACUACCCCUCGUCUCAGAUGGGGGAACCCCCAAGAUCUGAUUCGUCUUGCAUAAUGCCAGACGGGUUCUUUUGUGCCUAACAUUGAUGGGAACAACAUAAAACCAGGCUGUUUUGAAAAGUUUUUAUCUCUUAUAAAUGCUUUUUUAUUUAUUGAAUUCUACCUUGGGCCCUUUGUUUUGAGGCGUCCCAUUGUUAUUUACAAGCCUCUGAUGUUUGAAAAGUUCAUAAUGUAUCCGUUAAGAGAAACAACUUGUAUUGCGCAAUCUGAAGAUAUUAAAGUACAAUUUUGUAAUAAAACGAUAAUAUUUGUCAUGCACCGAUUUAAUCUAGACGCAGCAGCAGCCCUUGAGCCUGAUUGGCCAACGCCAAUGUGUAAUGCACGUAUAUAAAUGUUUCAACGUCAAACCACGACACGGGUGCUGCACUAGCAAGACAUCUAUCUGUUGUUUCUAUUGAGCUCGCUGUAGUAAUAGUUGAUAACGACUUUCUGCGCACUCUUCCUGUGGUGCAUCACUUCCUGUCAACUGGCCGUAGUGUAGUGUACAUGUAGCUUGGUACAUACGUACAUACGUCUUUGUCACUAAUAACCUUUGUACUCACCUUGUGCUGACAUUAAAUCCCUGGAUGUGGGACAGAACACUCUCA